CGAAACUAAUCAAAUGUCAGCGCAUUGUAUACUUUGAAUCAAAUCAAGCAAAACCAGAUCUUCCUCCACUCUCAAAACACAUUCAUUCAUUCCUCUCUCAAUCAUGGUUAUGGGACUAAGUAGUCACUUUAUAAACUCACAAGUUUUGCUAACACUUUGCUUUAGUUUCUUCCUACAUGAUGCUGGAAGUUCCUUAGACACCAUCACUUCCUCUUACAUCCUUAAAGCCCCCGAAACUUUAAGCUCUAAUGAUGGUAUGUUCCAUCUAGGAUUCUUCACCCCUACCAACUCCACCUUUUCCUACCUCGGAAUCUGGUACAUAACCAAACCUCCUUUGGUGUGGGUUGCCAACAGAGACCAACCAAUAAAAGAUUCUUCUUCUUCUUCCUCUGGUGUGCUCAAGAUAUCUAAAGACGGAAACCUUGUUCUGCUGAAUUCACAAGAUGACAUCCUUUGGUCUACAAAUGCGUCCAAUAUUUCAUCUAAUACAACCGCUAAGCUUCUGAACACCGGAAACCUUGUGCUGCAAGAAAACGCGACAGGAAGGAUCCUAUGGCAGAGUUUCCAACACCCCACAAACGCUUUCUUGGAGGGAAUGGAACUCAGCACCGGUAACAUCAGCGGCGUCCAGAGAACAAAACUCACCUCGUGGAAAAGUCAUGAGGAUGCAUCCAUUGGAGAAUUCUCAAUGAGUCUUGAACGCCUGAAUAUCCCGGAAGUGUUGGUGUGGAGAGGGAGCCAACCUCACUGGCGUAGUGGUCCAUGGAAUGGUCAAAUAUUUCUGGGGAUACCUGACAUGGCAACCAACUAUCUUUUCGGGUUUUACUUAAGUCAAGAUAACGGCAAUACUAAUUACUAUCUUGCUUACAACUACGGGAAUCAAACUUUUCCUGUAUACUACUUAUUAAGUGUUGAUGGAAAUGUAUACCAAGUAUCUUGGGAUCCUGAAAAGAGAGAUUGGUAUAUCUCCUGGUUAGCUAUAAGUUCAGAGUGUGAUGUGUAUGGCAAGUGUGGAGAGUUUGGAAUUUGUGAUCACAGGAGCACUCCGAUUUGCAGGUGUUUGAGAGGGUAUAAGCCAAGGAAUGAUGAGGAAUGGAGCAAACAGAACUGGAGCAGCGGUUGUGUUAGGAAGGAACCUUUUCAGUGUGAGAGUGAGAGUGUCAAAAAUAAUAAAGAAGAUGGAUUUGUGAAGAUGCAGAAUGCUAAGGUUCCAGCCUCUAUCUUGUCCUAUGCGGCCGAGGAUGAUUGCAAAGCUGAGUGCUUAGGCAACUGCUCCUGCACAGCAUAUGCAUAUGAUGCUGGCACUGGCUGCAUGUCAUGGAUUGGAAGCUUAAUUGAUCUUCAGAUAUUCUCAACUGGAGGAACUGAUCUUUACAUUCGAGUUCCCUAUGCAGAGCUAGGUGAAGACAAGAAAAAUGUCACAGUGGUCAUUGCAGUGUCAGUGAUAGUAGGAACCACUAUCAUUCUCACCUGUGCUUAUAUCUUCUGGAAAAGGAUUCAAAUCAGAGGUAAUAUCUCUAAUUUUACUGCCUUAUAGACUUGUUUUUGUUACAAGUGCUUGGUAGAUCAGUAGAUCACUAAUCCAAAACUGCAAGUGUUUCUUUUCAACAUAGAUUUUCUGACUUUGUAUGGACUCCUAACUUCAGUAAAAGCUU